GCGGCGGCGGGCGUUUGAGAUGCGAUGCUUUUGCGCUUCGUGUUUGAGUCGUUUGGAGCUGGAGGCUCUCGCUUGCUUGACGCGGAGGAGCUAACGUCGCUGCAACAUGCACAGCAGAACCACAACAACGGGCUCCUGUUGAAGGGGGCGAGGUUCGACUGAUACCAGCCCGCCCUGCGUCUUUGCCACGGUCGGGGUCACACUUUGGACGACGACCGCCACAUUUCCCCAAAUCCUGCCGCCGCUUCAUCAGCCGGCGGGAUGGAUAAACUCACGAUAAUUUCAGGGUGCCUGUUUCUGGCUGCAGAUAUCUUUGCAAUAGCCAGCAUUGCAAACCCAGACUGGAUCAACACUGGCGAAUCAGCAGGUGCCCUUACAGUCGGUCUAGUCCGGCAAUGCCAGACCAUCCACGGACGAGACCGCACCUGUAUUCCACCUCGGCUGCCUCCGGAGUGGGUCACCACUCUAUUCUUCAUCAUCAUGGGCAUCAUCUCCCUCACUGUCACCUGUGGACUGCUCGUGGCGUCACACUGGCGCCGAGAAGCCACCAAAUACGCCCGCUGGAUCGCCUUCACCGGCAUGAUCCUGUUCUGUAUGGCGGCGCUCAUCUUCCCCAUCGGCUUCUACAUCAACGAGGUGGGAGGCCAGCCGUACAAGCUGCCCAACAACACGGUGGUCGGCUCCUCCUAUGUGCUGUUUGUCCUCUCCAUCUUCUUCACCAUAGUGGGACUUCUGUUUGCAGGCAAAGUUUGCCUCCCAGGCUGAGGACUCGACUUCGCCCGCCUCUGGACUGACACGAGAGGCUCUGAUGUUAUGGGAUUGACAAAAACACGCAAUGACUGAAAAUCAAUGACGACAAACUCUGGCCAGAAGCCUGACACGGGGAAGUCUUUGAUUAUGUGUCAAGGGACCGCAGCACCACGGAGUACCUAACGAUAAAAAAAAUAAAGGAACCGAACAAAACACUAAGUGGGGAUGUGGGCACAGAAGGGUGCAAGAGAGAGAGAGAGAGAGAGAGAGAGGGGGGGGGGGGGGCAGCCGAGGCUGUCGCAGCACCGUUCCUCUGUUGAUUUCAAAUAUGGCCGUCUCUGUUGUUCUGGAAAAGGGUGCUUAACGUGCUGCUGUCAUGGCAACUGCGGCCGCAAUGCUGGCGCACGUUGCUUGAGGACCACUGCAGCCUCUCUUCCACUUGACCCCCAGCCGCCCGCUGCACCGCCCUCAGCACACAUCAGCGCCGUCACGACUGCUCCUGUUGCUAUUUUUGGCUUCUAUUAGCUAUUUCAGUUAUGUGUGGUUUUUUUUUUUUCUUCUUCUUUUGUUGUACAUUGUGUUUUUUCCGUUUUUUUCUGCCUACCCCCACGCCUUUUCACUAAAGUAGAUUGAGUGUAAUUGAGGUUCACUGAACUGAAUCCACGAGGGGAACUGAGUGUUUUUCUGCCUUUCAUGCAGGAGUUAUCCGUAGCUGUCUCUUCACGCGGCCCCAGGCGUGUGGCGUGGCUGAGCAGCCACGAGCACGGCUGUCUGGGCCAGCUCACGGGCCGCGGUGGCUAGAGGAAGGUGCCGGCGUCACGCCGCUUAGAGUCCAGCCAGCUGCAGCUCGGGAGCAGGUAGCAACAAGGGGUGACCUCCUCUGGCAGAACAGGAGGUCAAGUACCCUAAAGGAGAAUGCCACUCAAUGUAAGACCUCGCAUUAUGUUAAUUAUACCGAUAGCAACAGAGUACUUGUGAGUAUUAUUCUGCUAAGCUAAACACAUAACAGUAAUACACCUUUUGCCAAUAACUAGAAGACUGACUUUACAGAGCAAUCAUCUGAACAUAGACACACCUUUUUGUAUUUGUAGGAAUAAUUUUGCCACUAACAGUGGCCUGUUCAAAGGUGUUACAUUUCCGGGGGUGUUGAGAUGAAUCUAUAUCGGUAAUUAUAGCAGACAGUAUUUACUUUUUAUAAAUGUAAACUAAAGUUACAUUAAGGUGUGAAAAUAACAUGUGAAUGCUGAAACUUGGUGGUAUUCUCCCUUUAGUGUCGGAUAGGAAAGAAGCGAGCCAGGAGCUUUUUGUGAUUUGAAACCGUCGAGGCCGAGGGCCUGCAGGUCAGGUCCGUGCAUGAGGCUGGGCCUCAGUAUGCUGCGCUCGAGGCCCGUGAAUGAAACAAACACACACACACACACACACACACAACCACAGGAAGGUGCAGAGUAGUUUUAAAAUCCUAAGUAGAAGUGCAAGGGAUCAUAAAGCAAAUUAUUUUUUCAUAGAAAAACACACAAUUCAAAUGAUAAGAAUAUAAAUGGAUUAAAACCAAUCUUGUCAUGAGUAGUUUUAAUGAUGUAUUAUAAGCUGUUUAGAUCCAGUGUAAACAUCAUAAUUCAUCUCUAAUAUCUAUUUAUGUUGUAACCACAUCUUCAUCCCUCAUCUGAAUUGCUCUCUCAAUUGUCACUGGACCAGUUCAUAUCCACAGAUUUAAGAUCCAUCAUCAAUAUAGUUGGAGAUUCAUUUUGAUCUGAUCGCUCCUCCACAUACGAACAAACAAAAACACAUUUACAUGUUUACAUUCAUAACAAUUUAAAGAGCAUCCAUCCUACUGACACUCAGAGAGAGAGAGAGAGAGAAUUCACGGAGCUCUGUCGCUAAGUCCUAAGAGUUUUGUUUAGUAUUUCUGUUUCCUGCUCCGCUUUUCUUCCCCUCGGUCUAAGGACCGCUCACUCUGCAGUGCCCUCCCUCCCUGUGCUGGUUGGUUCAGUAUUAUGCCAUGACCUGUUUUUGUUUAAUAAUGUACAGACACACAAAAGGCAGGCCGUAUUAGGAAGCACUGUGCAUCCAACAGUAUAGGUAACAGAAAUAGAAGCACCACAAAUGUAUAAAAAAAGAGAACUUCUUACCUCAUUGUUUUUGUUUCCGCUGUUAUUUCUAAUGGUGGCAACCUGUGCCCUCUAAUUUGUCUCUUGCCUUGAUCGGAUGUCUUCACAUAAAGCCUAUGAUCAUAGGGAAUUAUUUAUCACUGAAUAAAAAGAGGAAAAAGUG